GCUGCACGUUUGGCCAAAACUUCAACAGCAUCACAAAAACAGCAACAAUAACACAAGCAGCAGCAACCUCACCAACGAGGCAGAACAAGCCAACAAGCAAGCAAGAAGAACCGAACAAACAUCUAUCUUUCGAAGAGGCACAUAAUUUGAUUUGUUGGAUCAAUGACAAGCGACAGUCCUGGCAAAGACAACCCGCCAAUAGCCCCCGACAUGAUUAACCAAAUCUUCACGUCAUCCGAUUUCCGAAAGUUGAUGGAGAGUAAUGAUUACUCCAUCAACAAGGUGUUCGAGUCGAGCGACUCGGCAGCCGCCUUGUUCCGCAGCGCCGACUUUCUCAAGAGUCUCGAUGCCUACAAGGAAUCCAUGGCCACGGAACCCGCGGAAAAGGAGGGAGACCCAUCGUCACUUUUCCGCAGCGUGGACUUUCUAAAGUCCCUGGAUUCGUUGCCGAAAGAACCGGCGUCACGGCAAAACUCUGCCGGCGUCGACUACUCGAGUUACUUUAAGAGUGUGGAAUCCCUCCCCAAAGACUUUCUCAAGUCGUUGGACCAAUUGCCAAAACAAGAAUCACCACCGCCAGUUCCAGCUCCUGCUCCAGUUCUUUCCUCGGUCAGCCGCGGAAAUCCCAAGGACAUGUUCACCAGUCGAGAUUGGAUGGGAACCUACGAGCCUGGACACGUGGACGUACAAUACGACCAAAAUUUGUUGUUCCGAAGUGGAGAUUCCAAGGCAGGUGUCGCUUCCAAAGCCACGGCAGCCAGUGACAAGUGGAAAAACCUGUACGAGCAAGGGCUCAAGGGCAGCACUUACUCUGCGGCGGCAAAACCUCCUCCUGCCGCUACGGCGUCCUCUUCGUGGAAGGGAAUGUACGAAGAUAUUCUCAAGAAUCCAAUAAAGACCGAUUCCGCGUCCCAUGCCAUGCCUCCUUUGACGGGUGUUGCGUCCGCUCCUCCUCCAGUCUCUGCAGCCUCGUCGUCUGCUCCCUCCUCUUCCGGCGAUGAACAAACAGCAACAACAAAACCCAAAAAGAAGCGUGUCUACAAGAGUCGAAAAGUUAUUCCCGAAGUCAAGACGUUUGUUGAUUUUACGGAAAACGACGUGCUACUGGGACGAGGAGGUCUCUCCAACAAACACCCAGGCAACAAACGAUACCGACAAGAAAUUGAAAAUGCCAAGGCUGUGUAUCGAUCCGCAUCCAAGGACGAGAAAACACAGUGGGCGUCCUUGUUGGUCGACUAUGUCAAAAAAUACGGCGGACGUUUCUUGGAAAAGGACAAGGCGACGGGGCAGUGGUAUAUUGUCCCGGACAUUGUGGCUCGUCGAAAGGCUGGUCAGGCAUUGCGAGAAGAAAACACGGCCGAAUCGCGGGCCGAAAAGCGAGAUCGGUACAAGAAACGACAUUCCAAAAGUUGAUCGAGACAAGAACGACAAACCGCGAAUGGAGGAGCGGGAUGCCACACUCACUCAUUGGGAAAAAAGAAAGAAAAAUUAUUGGAUGAUUUUAUACACGACAACAAACAAAAAGGGGCGCCUCUUCAUGGAAUGGUAAAGUGCAGCGGCCUUGGAAGCCGAACAAUUAAUUUUGCUGGAAAGAGCGACAACAUUUGUCGGACAACCUUGGCGCCUGAGCACGGGCUUGAACGCGCACAGCGCUUCAUCGAAGAAGGCAGCAACCAAACAUGCAUAUAACUAAAAAACGGACGGGCUUCGUGGCUUUCAAUGCGACGCCACGAGGCCUUUCUUUAGGCGAUAAACUAAUUAGCAAUUGAUUCAUACACAC